AUGUAUAAUAUCGGAAAAAGAGAGUCUAAGCAUUCGUGUCGACAAAUAUUAUAUAGUCCGGCCCGCUGGAAAACGGUAGUGCCUGUAAAUCUAAAAUCGUCCGUAUUUCCUUUAAAAUCAGACCAGUAUACAAUAGAAUGUCGCCACUAUUCUGCUCGCAAAGGUUUCUUCUCAUCAAUCAUAGAAAAUAUUAAAGAGGACAUUGCUAAAAAUAAAGAAAUGAAAGAAAGUAUAAAAAAAUUUAGAGAAGAAGCCCAAAAAUUAGAAAAUUCUGAAGCUUUACAAGCAGCAAGGAAAAAGUUUCAUGUAGUUGAAUCAGAGGCUUCUAAAAGUUCAGAGGUAUUUAAAGAAACACUGGAAGGAAUUAAAGGAAAAGUGGAACAUGUUUUAGAAGAAGCAAGUAAAAGUGAUAUUGCCAAAAAGGCAGGAAGGAUAACAGAAGAUCUUUCAAAGUCAGCAAAAGGUGCAGCAGAAAGCAUUGCUGAUAGAAGUCAAAAAUUAGGACAGUCCACAGCUUUCAAAACUAUUUCACAGGCUACAGAAGUAGUGCGGAAUGAGAUGUCCCCUAGAGGGCUCGAAGGUCGUGUGUACACCUCACCUAUCAUGCUUCGGAAACGAGUUGAGGUGGCCGAAGAGGAAAGAACAUUUGCACCAGAUACAGAAACACUUGGAGUAGAACUACACAAGGACUCAAAGUUUUACCAGCAAUGGGAGAAUUUCAAAAACAACAACCAGUAUGUCAAUAAGGUUUUAGACUGGAAAAUACGCUAUGAAGAGUCAGAUAACGCGAUGGUUCGAGGCGCUCGUUUCGUCUCUGAAAAAGUUGGAAACUUAUUUGGUAACAUGUUUGAGAAGACAGAACUUUCUAAAACACUGACAGAGAUAUGCAAGAUUGAUCCCAAUUUUACGUCUCAAAAAUUCCUCGAAGACUGUGGAAAUGAUAUCAUACCGAAUAUACUAGAAGCUAUGGUGAGAGGCGAUUUGGAGAUUUUGAAAGAUUGGUGUUACGAAGGAGUCUUCAAUAUUUUGGGAACACCGAUCAAGCAGUGCAGACAACUCGGUUACCGGUUGGAUUCCAAAAUACUCGAUAUUGAGAAUAUUGAGUUGGUGAUGGGGAAAAUGAUGGAUCAAGGACCAGUGUUAGUGAUAACAUUCCAGUCUCAGCAAAUUAUGUGUGUAAGAGACUCUAAAGACAAUGUGAUAGAGGGAGAUCCCGAUAAAGUAAUGAGGGUGAAUUAUGUUUGGGUACUUUGUAGGGAUCCACAGGAACUUAACCCUAAAGCGGCUUGGAGAUUGCUUGAAUUAUCAGCCAACAGUGUAGAACAGUUGAUAUAG